ACCUUGAGGACCCGCGAAGUCGGUUUGUGUUUGAGUUGGAUCGAAGAAGAAGAAGAAGAAGAAGAUGGGGAAUACGUUCUGUCUGUUUUGUGGAUGCGUAGACCAAGCGAACAUCGGCGUGGUGGAGAGUUGGGGAAGAUUCCAGAAGCUAGCCCAACCUGGUUUCCACUUCUUCAACCCUUUCGCCGGCGAAUGCCUCGCCGGCGUUCUCUCCACCAGGAUCAGCUCUCUCGAUGUACGCAUCGAGACCAAAACCAAGGACAAUGUCUUUGUGCAACUGCUUUGCUCAAUUCAGUACCGAGUCAUUAAAGAAAAUGCUGAUGACGCAUUUUAUGAGUUGCAAAAUCCCAAGGAACAGAUUCAAGCUUACGUCUUUGAUGUGGUUCGAGCUCAUGUUCCAAGAAUGACUCUUGAUGAGCUCUUUGAGCAAAAAGGUGAUGUCGCUCAAGCUGUUUUGGAGGAACUUGAGAAGGUGAUGGGAGCAUAUGGAUACAACAUAGAGCACAUACUGAUGGUUGAUAUAAUACCUGAUCCCUCUGUGCGCAGGGCAAUGAAUGAGAUCAAUGCAGCUCAACGGCUUCAGCUUGCAAGUGUGUACAAAGGUGAAGCAGAGAAGAUUCUCCAAGUUAAAAAAGCAGAAGCUGAGGCUGAAGCCAAGUACCUAGGUGGGGUUGGCGUGGCAAGGCAGAGGCAGGCAAUAACAGACGGCUUGAGAGAGAACAUCUUGAACUUCUCUCACAAGGUGGAGGGCACGUCAGCGAAGGAGGUGAUGGAUCUUAUAAUGAUCACCCAAUACUUCGACACAAUCAAGGAUCUCGGGAACUCAUCAAAGAACACAACUGUGUUUAUACCACAUGGUCCUGGUCAUGUUAGGGAUAUUGGGGAUCAGAUACGCAACGGUAUGAUGGAAGCAGCCAGUUCUCAAAUCAAUGAAGAGUGAUUUAUCUGAUUUUAUGGGUAACUUCUGAAAGUAUCUUUCCUCAUUUGGUAUUUGAAUACGCGUAUAUGUGGGAAAUAAAUUCAAACAAAGGACGAAAAUAUUUGAGUUGAAAUAGUACGUUUAUUAUUUUUGUGUAAAGUUUUUAUUUGCUUAUGCUAUAUUUGAUUGAGAAAUUUGAGAAUGAAUUUGUAAAAGGAAA